AUGUCAGAAGACCCUCACAGCCUAUCCGCCAGCCUCUCUGAACUACCCCAAAGCUGCUCACCAGUCACGGGCACUGGUCCGAUUUUGCCUAGAGCCCUCACGCCCCAGCUUGUGAUGCCUAGCUUGACCGUUCCUCAACGUCGCCCCUUUUCGGAAACCGGUAGAUCGCUGGGGAAACUGAAGGUCCUUGUGACGGGACGACGCGGCAUCGGAAAAACAUCUCUCAUCCUUGCUAUUGCCCAACUAUCCGCACACAUUGUUCAUAUGGAUACGAUCGUCGCAGCGCCGAAGAACAUGGCCAAUGAUGUGUAUGCAAGCACUCGUCCAAAGCCCUGGUGGAGAACAGAUCCAGAUCGCGACCUUCCUAGGAGAAGGCGGUCGUCAACUUUAGACGGAGUUUUGGAUAGAAACAUUUGUUUUGUGGACUGCCCAGUCUACGGAGAUGAUAUUCAGGGAUCAUCGCCUGCUGUUGAUUACGUCGAGUCUCGGCUAGCUCAUUUAGCCAACAAGCUGAUGGACGACCCGGAUCUCUGUGCCCUCCUCAGUGGAGGGGCAGAGCCGAACGUUGAUGUGGUACUCUAUCUACUCCCACCCUCGGGCCCCACAUCCGACGAUAUACGGUGCAUGAGAGAUUUACAAGAUGCAACAAAUGUCGUUCCACUGCUGGCGCGUGCUGAUGAACUCUCCACUGAAGAACGUCUGUUAGCGAAGAAACAAACUCUGCGAGAUCUCGAUGCCGCAGGUCUUGAUUGUUUCUUCUUCGCUGCCCCUGGGGAAGACCGCGAUCAUUCUCGUAUUCAUGCAAUAUCCAGCGCGACUCAAGUAGACCCAGACGUCAUCGACGCCAGUAUUCUCAUGAGUUCGGAAUAUCUGCCACCCUUUGUCGCGACCGACCUCGGAAACCUUGUCAAGGAUUUGCUAUCAGUCGAAGGGAGCACUUGGCUUCGCCAUUCUGCAGCCUGCAAGGCCAUCAAGUGGAUGCGACAACAAAGACACCAAGGCGGCCUGCUGCCAUCCGCGCUUGCAUGCACGAGGAGGUCUUCUUUGUUUGGCCUUGCUCAAUCGAUCAUCUUUCAAGUCUUCACGGACUAG